AUGACUCGCCCCUCGCACACUCCCAAGACCCCUCAGCAGAUCAGACACGAGCUGGAAAACCAGUUUCUGUCACCGCCUUCUACCUUCGCCCCAGAAUGGCUAAACAAGCUGCAACAGCGCUGGGACUACCAGUCGUCCAAUUACGCCGAGAUUUGUCAGUUGGCCCCCACCCAGACUAGGACUGUCACUCGCUUCACCCGCAAAGGCCUGGAAGGGAAGGUUGCCGCCUACCAUCAAGUCACAGUGCCUGCGUCGGGCGCCACUGCAAAGAACUCUACGUCACUUCUCCGGAGACCAGCAACCAAAUCCGAAUUUGUGCGGGGAUCAGCCGGUUUUUUCCCUUUUGCGCCAGGUGGACUAGAUGGAGUUGACACUAUUCAAGCUUACGAGGAUCAGGUAAGGCUCGAGGAGGAAAACAGACACUCGACCAAGAAAACGAAUGGACUCGCCCGAAUCAUCAAUUUUGGAGUCAACGAUGGCCUCUUGGAGGUGCCGCCAGGGUUCUCGAGGGGCAUGAAAUUUUCAGACAAGAAAUCUGUCGAGGCACAAGAAGAUGCAGAAGACGUCGAAAAGACAUUGAAUGCCGAUGGUGAAACUGGUGCAGAUCCUGCAGGGGCUGCGAGCAAUGGAGAGAGUAGUGCCGCGUCAGAGAAUGGCGUUGCAAUGGUGCCAGGCGAAGGAAAAGAGGCUGACCAAGACGAGGAUGAGGACGAAUAUGCCGACCUUAAUGACCUCUUGCCAGUGGAGUUUCCAUCCCUAGAGCCUCGUGGGGAUCUCUUGCGAGCAACUGGUAAGGUGCCAGGUAAGAAAUGGGCUCACGUGGUGGACAUUAACAAAGCCAUCCCAAACUUUGCAGAAUUGGUCCCUGACAUGGCACGCACGUGGCCUUUUGAACUCGACACUUUUCAGAAAGAGGCCAUCUAUCAUCUUGAGAGUGGCGACUCGGUGUUUGUCGCUGCCCACACCUCGGCAGGCAAGACUGUCGUUGCCGAAUAUGCCAUCGCCCUGGCUACGAAGCAUAUGACCAAGGCCAUCUAUACCUCUCCCAUCAAAGCCCUGUCCAAUCAAAAGUUUCGUGAUUUCAAAAACGUCUUUGACGACGUGGGCAUUUUGACCGGCGAUGUCCAAAUCAAUCCGGAAGCAAGCUGUCUCAUCAUGACGACUGAAAUCUUGCGAAGCAUGCUCUAUCGUGGUGCCGACCUCAUUCGAGAUGUAGAGUUCGUCAUCUUUGAUGAAGUACACUAUGUCAAUGACCUCGAGCGAGGAGUUGUUUGGGAAGAAGUCAUUAUCAUGUUGCCUGAUCAUGUCACCCUGAUUCUCCUUUCAGCCACCGUCCCCAACACCUACGAAUUCGCGUCGUGGGUUGGACGUACCAAGAAAAAGAACAUUUAUGUCAUCUCCACACCCAAAAGACCAGUCCCCUUGGAGCAUUAUCUAUGGGCGGGCAAGGGGAUACACAAGAUUGUGGAUUCGGAGAAGCGCUUUAUUCAGAAGGGAUGGAAAGAUGCCAACGACAUCUUGUCGGGCCUGGAUAAAAUCAAAGAGCAGAAAGCGAUUGAAGCCCAAGCGCCUGCUCGUGGAGGACAAGCCCCUGGACAACGCGGAGGCGGGCGGGUUCAGCCUCAGCGCGGUGGCUCGAACCAAAGAGGUGGUGCACAGCAGCGAGGUCGGGGUGCUGUGCCGAUCAGAGGUCAAGGUAAUAUCGCGCGAACAGGACGUGGCGGUGGGAGAACGACGGCUGCUCAAGAUAGAAACAUCUGGGUGCAUCUCGUCCAGUUUCUGCGAAAAGAGAAUCUGCUGCCGGCCUGCAUCUUUGUGUUCUCGAAGAAAAGAUGCGAAGAGAACGCUGAUUCUCUCUCCAAUCAAGACUUUUGCACCGCGGCAGAGAAGAGUGCCAUCCACAUGAUCAUCGAGAGGUCAAUUGCCAGACUCAGACCGGAGGAUCGGGUGUUGCCGCAAAUCAGACGCCUACGAGAAAUGCUGGGUCGCGGGAUCGCCGUCCAUCACGGAGGUCUGCUGCCGAUUGUGAAAGAAAUCGUUGAGAUUCUUUUCGCAAGAACCUUGGUGAAGGUGCUAUUCGCAACGGAAACCUUUGCAAUGGGCCUCAAUCUUCCUACCCGAACAGUCGUCUUCUCGGGAUACCGCAAGCAUGACGGCCGUGAAUUCCGAAAUCUGCUCCCAGGAGAGUACACUCAAAUGGCUGGUCGCGCUGGACGUCGAGGGCUUGACACGGUAGGGACAGUCAUUAUCGUGACGCCAGGUAAAACCGAGGCACCCUCAGCCUCCGAACUGACCCAGAUGAUCACUGGUCCUGCCACAAAGCUGCGCAGCCAGUUUAGACUGCAUUACAACAUGAUUCUGAACCUCAUGCGGGUCGAGGCAUUGAAAAUCGAGGAGAUGAUCAAGCGCAGCUUCUCUGAAAACGCUACACAAGCACUCUUGCCUCAACACGAGGAGCAAGUCGCGUUGUCCCAGGCGACUCUGGACAAGAUCAAGCGAGAACCUUGCGAUGUAUGCGACAUCGACGCGGACACCUGCCAUGAAGCAGCCAUGCAAUUCGAACGGCUAACCAAAGAACUCCACAUCAGCUUGCUGUCGUCUCCGGUGGGACGGCGGCUUUGGACUGCGAGGAGACUGAUAGUGUUCAAACAAGAUGGCAUCCGCACAGUCGGAGUGCUUCUGGAAGACGGAGUGCGCGCCGGGCCGAAUCGAGGCAUCAAGGUUCUCGAAAUCUCCCACAUUGACGCAAAGCGGUCGACGCAAGAUCUGCUUCCGUACCUCCCACGUGUACGCAUGAUGUUCUCUGCCCUACCCGCAAAUGCUUCCCAGGUCAAAUGGCGGAUUACCCAGGUUGGACUGGACGAUGUGGAAUGUGUUACCCAGACGGUUGUCAAGGCCGAUCUGCGGACGCUGCUACAGACCGAUGAGGCGCAACGGAAAUUUGUCGAAGAAGAAUUCAUCAACGUCUAUUCAUCCUGGAUCUCAACGGCGUGGGAUGAGCUGGAAUGGAGCAAGGCGCAUGAAUUGCAUAUCCGCGACAUUCUAAUCAAGAGGAACGAGGCUGCACGAAUCUUUGAGAACAGCCAAUGUCUGCAUUGCACCCAGUUCUUGAAGCACUACGGCAUGCAGCACGACGAGUGGCUGAUCCGAGAGAAUAUCCAAUCCCUGAAAAUGCUGAUGUCGGACCAGAAUUUGUCCCUGUUGCCGGACUACCAACAGAGAACUGCAGUGUUGAAGGACCUCGGCUUCAUCGACGAACAGUCUCGUGUCCAGUUGAAGGGCAAAGUUGCCUGCGAGAUCCACUCGGGAGACGAGCUUGUCAUCACUGAGCUGAUCCUGGAGAAUGUGCUAGCAUCGUUCGAGCCCGAAGAAAUUGUAGCCCUCCUUUCGUCCUUUGUCUUUCAGGAGAAAACGGAAAGCGAACCACAGCUUAAUGGCAACCUUGAACGUGGCAAGGAAGCCAUCAUCGAGAUCUCCGAACGGGUCAACCACCACCAGAUCGUGCACCAAGUGAUUCUCUCGUCCGACGACGCCAACGAUUUCGUCUCGAGACAGCGGUUUGGGUUGGUCGAAGUCGUCUACGAAUGGGCCAGGGGGAUGUCGUUCAACCGCAUCACCGACCUGACGGACGUGAUGGAAGGCACCAUUGUCAGGGUCAUCACCAGGCUAGAUGAGACAUGUCGGGAAGUGAUGAGCGCGGCGAGGCUGAUUGGCGACCCCUCGCUGUACGCGAAGAUGGACAAGGCGCGGGAGUUGAUCAGACGAGACGUGGUGUUUACUGCGAGCCUGUACAUGUAG